AUGGCCGCCGCAAUAUCCUUCGGCGAUGCCAACUCCGGCUUCCAAGCUGGCAUCAUCAACGGCCCGGUAAACGCUGAGUUCCAUCUCCCUUAUGAACGGCCAGAGACUCCACCUGCCCCGACAGCGGUCAUACCGUUCAGUCGCGACCAGCAAUUCGUCGAACCGGGGACGAUACUCAAGCAGAUCGAUCAAAAAUGCGUGGUUCCAGGCUCAAGAACUGCGCUUGUCGGUCUAGGUGGCGUGGGCAAGUCGCAACUCGCCAUCGAAUACGCAUACCGCACCCGAGAGCGCUCACCCAAUACGUGGGUAUUCUGGGUCCACGCGAGCAACGCAGCGCGAUUUGAGAAUAGCUACCGAGACAUUGCAAACUUUCUCAAGCUUCCCGGCCGAAAGAACCCAAAAGCCAAUAUAUUUCAGCUUGUGCACGAUUGGCUGCGCGACGAGAGGAGAAUUUGGGUGCUCAUACUUGACAAUGUCGAUGAUGCUGGCUUCCUAAAAUCCUACGGCGAUGGAGGUAUUGAAGGCGAGAGAGGGUUGAAUAGUGAGGGGUCGCUACCACUCGAAUCCUAUCUUCCGCGGUGCCAAAAUGGAGCCGUUCUCGUAACGACGCGAAGCAGAAGCGCAGCGUUGGAGCUAGUUGAGCGGUGUGACAUAAUCGCAGUCGAGCCAAUGAGUAAGGCGGAUGCGGUAGCAUUGCUGGAGAAAAAACUGGAAGGCAUCGAGGAGAGCGACGGGGUUAGCGAGCUCGCAACUGCGCUCGAAUUCAUGCCGCUUGCUAUGGUCCAAGCUACGUCCUACAUCGCUCACCGCGCUCCGCGUUGCUCCGUGCGACAAUACCUAGAAGAGUUUCGGAAGAGUGAUCGCAAGAAGGCGAGUCUUCUCGACUUCGAAAAGGGACAGCUCCGCCGAGACCGGGAUGCAAAGAACUCCAUUAUUAUCACAUGGCAAUUAUCUUUUGACCACAUUCGUCAGACCAAAUCAUCGGCAGCAGAGUUGCUAUCGCUCAUGAGCUUCUUCGAUCGGCAGGGAAUUCCGGAAGAUCUAAUUCGAAAUCGAAACGGGAAAAGCGAUAGCCAGGAAAAUCAGGGAAAGCAUGAUAGUGACGCGUUAGAGGACAUUAACACUGACGAGGACGAUGAUGACAACAGUGCAGAUGAUAAUAGAAGCAAGGAUGGGAACGAUAAAUUUGAGGACGACAUCUUGACUCUUCGAGACUACUCAUUCAUUUCUAUCACAGGGAGCGGAUUAAGUUUCGAAAUGCACGGGUUAGUGCAGCUUGCCACCCGGAAAUGGCUUGAAGCACACGGACAGCGGGAAAGAUGGAAGCGUCAAUUCCUUGUAAAUCUCUCCUCGAAGUUUCCGACUGGAAAAUACGAAAACUGGGCAAAAUGCCAGGUGCUCUUCCCGCAUGCGAAAUCGGCGGCUACGCAGAAGCCAGAGGGUCAAGAGUCGUUGACGAUGUGGGCUACGAUCCUAUACAGAGCGGCGUGGUACGCGGAGCAAGUUGGAAAUGGGGUUGACGCAGAGGAAAUGUCGAUUACAGCAAUGAAAGCAAGGAAGAAGCUACUUAGCCAGGAGCAUGAAGAUACCCUAUGGAGUAUGUCAUUGGUUGGUGAUGCUUAUAACCUCAAGGGCCGAUGGGGUGCGGCGGAGUCGCUGUUUGUGCAACGUGGCGAAUCUGGCGUCGACGUACAGGAAUCAAGGUCGAUGGGAAGAGGCGGAGUCGCUGGAGGUGCAAACACGCUGACCAGCAUGGCCAAUCUGGCGUCGACGUACAGGAAUCAAGGGCGAUGGGAAGAGGCGGAGUCGCUGGAGGUGCAAGUGAUGGAGACGAGCAAGAGCAAACUUGGAGUGGACCAUCCUUCCACCCUGACCACCAUGAAUAACCUUGCGUUCACUUUUAAGGGAAAGGGCGAUAAGGGGAAAGCCAUUAGGCUAAUGGAAGAAUGCGUUCGAAAACAGAAGUAUAUCCUUGGCCUAGACCACCCCUACACGAAAGACUCAGAAGAUUCACUUAAUAGUUGGCGCAUAGAAGGCUUAAGCCUGGUGAGAUGGAGAGGUGGCCGGGGCACUUGUGCGUUGUCUAGGAUGAUAGCCUAA